CCAUAUCUUAAAACAUGUAAUUGAUUAAAAAACAUGUUUCGUUAAGAAAUUUGUAUCGUUUAUUUGAAUUUUUAAUUAAUUAUAGUUCAUAAACGCAUAUCAUUUGAAUAUCACAGAUUUUUAGCAAACUUUGUAUCAACAAUUCGUAAAAGUUGAAAGGCGAUAGGUGGCCGUAAAAGUGAUUACGUAAAAUAAUUAAAAUUUCAGACAUUGGUAUUUCGAAUAGCAGCGUCUCUCAUUCGUUUAACGAGAUGUCGGAUUCGAAUUCACCGAAAACGGAUGCAAGCAGUUCAAGCCUUUCAGGAAAUUUACGGCAAUUUCGAUUUCAGAAGAAACAACUGAAACCGUUGAAUAUGUCGGAUGAUGAUAGUAACUCAAUGAAGCCUGAGAUACAAUUUCGACGUAAGCCAGUAAAUGUUAUUGAAGACAGCGAUAGCGAUUCUGAUAGGACCUCUAAAAAUAAAAGCCCUGUAGAUUACAAGGACAAGGAAGCAGAUAAUAAUACAAAUUGUAACAGUGAUGAAGGUGAAGAAGAUUCUAGGAAUGCCAGAAAGAGAACUUAUAAAGGAUCUUCCAAAACCAGUAAGAAAAAAAGAAGAAAAUUAAAUAGAGCAGAGGAUGUGGAUAACGAUUCAGAUGAAGCAUGUUUUAAGGAUAAAGUAUUUGAUAGUGAUGAAGAUUCAGAUAUGGAAAUAUCUAAUGAACUUACUGGUGAUAAGAAAGCAGUUUUAGAAUUUAUGCAAACUGCUCAUCCAACAGAAUUACUUUUAAUGUCUCAAUGUUCUCAAAAGAAAACAAAUGCUAUCAUAGAAGCAAGACCAUUUGAAAAUUGGAGAGAUUUAGUUCAAAAGUUCCAAAAUAAUAAAUAUUUAGAUACAGAACUGUUGAAUUCAGCUCAGGAAUUAUUGGCUACCAGACAUGCAGUAGAAACCCUCAUGAAAAAAUGUCUUCGGUUAUCUACAAAUAUUGAAAGGGCUGUAGCUGCAGGAGCAUCAGCUAUCAAAAGUCAACCAAAAGCAUUAUCACCAAAUUUAAAACUAGCUUCAUAUCAAAUGGUCGGUUUAAACUGGCUUGCUGUGAUGCAUGCUCAACACGUUAAUGGUAUUCUUGCUGAUGAAAUGGGUUUAGGAAAAACAGUUCAGGUAAUAGCUUUUCUAACAUAUUUGAAAGAGGCUGGCCUUAAAGAUGAAAAAGAUGGACCACAUUUAAUUGUUGUUCCUAGUUCAACAAUGGAAAACUGGAACAACGAGUUGGAAAGGUGGUCUCCUGGCUUGAAGGUUGUAAAAUAUUGUGGUACUCAGGAAGAACGAAAAGAAAUGAGAUUAGGUUGGCGAAAUGGUGAUUUAGAUGAUGUAGAUGUCUUGUUAACUACGUAUAGUUUAAUUAGUAGUACUCCCGAGGAACGGAGGUUGUUUCGUGUUAUGCCUAUUUAUUACGUUGUUUUUGACGAAGCUCACAUGUUGAAGAAUAUGAGUACAAUUAGAUAUGAAAACCUCGUUAGAAUUAAUGCGAAACAUCGAAUUCUGUUAACGGGUACUCCUCUACAAAAUAAUCUGUUGGAACUGAUGUCGCUGCUAAUAUUCGUAAUGCCCUCGUUGUUUGCUGGCAAACAAGCUGACUUAAAAAGUUUAUUUUCAAAAAAUCCCAAAAUUCCAGUUAAAAAAGACGGUGAACCGCCAUUAUUUGAACAAGAACAAGUUAAAAACGCGAAGCAAAUUAUGAGACCAUUUGUACUCCGUCGAUUGAAAUCGGAAGUCCUUCAAGACUUACCUACAAAAACUGAAAACGUGAUAAAGUGUCCACUGACAGAGAAGCAACAAAAACUGUAUACAGAUUUAAUUGCUAAGUUUUCAGCGGAAGCGGAUCAGAGCACAGUAGUUAAUGGCAUUGGAAUGAUGAUGCAGUUAAGAAAGUUGGCUAACCAUCCACUUUUGGUGCGAGAUUAUUACAAUGACUCCAAGUUAAGAAUAAUAUCAAGUAGAUUAGCAAAGGAACAUACGUACAAACAAAAGAAUCCCGAUUAUGUAUUCGAGGAUUUACAAUGGCUGUCCGAUUAUCAAAUAAGUCAGUUAACAAGAACGUACAAAAGUUUAGCUGGAUUAGGGUUACCGCAAGAACUCAUUCCUGGAGCUGGAAAGUUAAAGAUAUUGGACGAAAUGUUACCAAAGUUAAAAGCAGAAGGGCACCGGGUGUUGAUAUUUAGCCAAUUUACAAUGGUGUUAGAUAUAUUAGAGGAAUAUCUAACUAUUAGGGGACAAAAAUAUUUAAGAAUGGACGGAAGUACUCCAGUAUCAGAUAGACAAGAUUUAAUUAAUCAGUAUACGGAAGAUGAGAGUAUAAACGUAUUUUUGUUAUCUACAAAAGCUGGAGGUUUGGGGAUCAAUUUAACAGUUGCAGAUACCGUUAUAAUACACGAUAUCGAUUUUAAUCCGUACAAUGACAAACAGGCAGAAGAUCGCUGCCACAGAGUAGGCCAAAAAAGGCCCGUCACGAUAACGAGAUUAUUAAGUGAGGGUACUAUAGAAGAAGGCAUGUAUGAAAUAGCCCAAGAAAAAUUGCAUCUUGAACAGCAGAUUACAGAGGAAGGAGAAAACGAGAGUGCAGAUAAAAAAACCGUAUUGAAAUUACUUAAGAUGACUUUGGGAUUGGAUCAUAACAGAUCUUUAUCUCUGUCUCCAGUAAAGAACGCAAGAACGAGUAACGGAUUAUUAACGGAAAGCGAAGAAAACUGUAACAUAGAAUUUUAAAAUUAAUAUUUUACUUAAACGUAUUUUGUACUAGUGCAAAGAUUUGCAUCGUUUUGAUAUAUAUAUAUAUAUAUUCUUAAACUUUGUGAUAAAGUGCCGUUGCAGUUGUACAAAACAUUCAACAUUAGUGUUGGCAUUGCAUUUUGCAGCUUUUUAGUUUACAAAUUUUUAGCGAAACAAAUUUCUGUAUACAAUUUUGAACGAUUUAUGAAACUGUAUUAACACGUUACAUUUUAUACCUCACUUAUUUGCAUAAUUUUUCUAUUUAUAUACAUAGGCGUAUUCAUAAUUUUUGUAAUAUUUUUUCUUCGUUUAAUGUCUGUGUUACAAUUUUGUCAUGUACCUUUCUUAUAAAUUUUAAAAACGUCGUAAAGACUGCACAUCACUUGCUACCGAUAUUGAACAAAAAUGAAUGCCGAAAUCUAAAUGAAUAAUUGUACGCGAAACUGAUUCUUUCAUAUUAUUUAACACACAUUCCUGAAUCGAAUUGUACAAAAAUACUAAAGAUAUUUCGCAAAAGAGUUAAUUUAUUAUUACACCAUACGUAUAUUUGUACUCGAUUAAAUUCUGACCAUCAAAAUAAAUAUGAUAAUUUAACUAAUUCGCUAACGGUUAAAUAUAAUAAAUUAGAUAU